AGCCCCCGGCAAUGGGCACCACAACCGCUUGCUGCGGCCAUGGGCGCCAUAAGCGCUUGCUGCGUCCUCGAGAGCAAGGCGCCGAGCGCAAAGCCUUCGCGCCCAACCACCCCCAAGUCAGCCCGAAGAAAGAGCAGUGUGCUCCAGGCAGACCAGGAAAAUGCCACGUUGCAUGACGCUGCCUGGGAGGGGAACGUGGCCAUGGUGAGGAAGUUGCUUAGCAAGGACCACAGCCCGGAUCUUCCAGAUGAAGAGGGGUCGACCCCGUUGCACUUGGCAGCGGAGGAGGGCUAUUUGGAGGUGGUGAAGUGCCUCAUUGAAGGGAAGGCGUCCUGUGUGGAAGCCGCUGACGCAGAAGGCAACACUCCAUUGCUGCUGGCGGCAAAGGAGGGCCGCAAAGAUGUGGUGGAGUACCUUUUGGGGAAAGCUGAGCAGCCAUGCUGCAAGCCGGGCGGGAGAGGCUGUUGAAGGUUGCAAUGGCAGACUGGUGCCCUAGCCUAAGCUGCGAUGCUUUAGCAGCUUGACAGUUGACGCAUUGACGUAUUAUGUCAGAUUUGUUGCCGCCACAAUUGAACUUGACGGGGAUCCAGAUCGUCAGCCUUGAACUGUACCA